AUGUGCAGCAACUACUACGGGAACUCCUGUGGAGGCUGUGGCUGGGGCUCUGGCUGGGGCUGUGGCUCUGGCUGUGGAUAUGGAUCUGACUAUGGCUGGGGCUCUGGCUGUGGGUACAGAUCUGGCUGUGGCUGGGGCUCUGGCUGUGGAUACAGAUCUGGCUGUGGCUGGGGCUCUGGCUGUGGAUAUGGAUCUGGCUGUGGCUGGGGCUCUGGCUGGGGCUCUGGCUGUGGCUGGGGCUCUAGCUGUGGAUAUGGAUCUGGCUGUGGCUGGGGCUCUGGCUGUGGAUACGGCUCUGGAUAUGGCUCUGGAUAUGGCUAUGGUUCCCGCUACGGCUGUGGAUACACCUCUGGCUGCUGUGGCUGCCGACCAUUUUGUUACAGAAGAUGCUAUUCCUCUUGCUGCUAA